AUGGAAGGUGAGGUUAAGGAGAUACAAAUGGAGUUGGCUGCGAUACGUCGUGACAGGAUGAAUUUACACGCUCUUAAACCUGAUUUUGUGGUGCCUACGUCUCUAAAGUUAGUCCCGCCAGCUCAGUCGGGUCUUUACCAACAAGCGACGAGACACCUCCCACUUUCAGAUUCUGAGCAAUGCAAAUAUUUAUAUAAAAAGACACAAAAAGAUUCUAACCAGUCGGACAAUGAAAUUAUGAUUUUAUUUCUACAGGAUACUGAUGUUAAAAGCAAGUACGUUGACGAAGAGAAAAUUCGCGAAGACGAUAUAGAUUAUAGAAUACCACAAAUAGCGAAGCUUCGAGAAGAAUUGAUAAGGGCUAAAAACGCCGCGGACGAAGAACGACUACAAAGGGAAAAGUAUGAAGGAAAAUUAAAAGAUCUAGAAGUUAAAUUAAACGGCCUGUGUAACAGCACCAUCGUUGAAGAUUACAGGAAGAAAUCCAACGAGGAACUGUCGAAUUUAAAGAAACAACUCAGAGACGCUAGCGAAGAGAUCGAGGAAAUGAAAAUAACGAUUACAGAGAAGAACGAGCAGUUACAAGAGUACAGGUUAAAGUAUCUUCAGGCGCAGCAACAAGUUGAAGAGUAUAAGCGGCAACUGGAUUUAAUAGAAUAUGACAACAAACAAGUCUCCGAUCAGAUACAGAUUGAGAUACAGAAAAUGAAGAUGCAAUUUCAAGAGAAACUACAAGAUCUCGCGCCGCUACCGGAUUUGUUAAAAGGCGCUCAAAUACAGCUACAGGAAGCGAGGCAGUUGCAAAAACUGGCUGAGGACAAUACACACGAGUUUUCAAAUGAAUUGCACAGGGUCAAGGAGAAGCUCGUUAUCGCCGUAAGCAAUUUAAACCAAGAGAAAGCGGAGAGAACAAAAUUGAUAGAUGAAAAUAAGGCUGUGAAGUCGGAUUUGGAAGAAAAACGGAUGGAAGUGGAAGAUUUGAAUAGGGCGGUCGAUGACUUAAAAUGCAACGUGCUGCGUUUGGAAGAAAAGUUAACCCAUCUAGAGGCCCGCUACAAGGAGAAGGCGACGGAAUGCGCGAAUUUCUUGAAGGAGAUCGACGAGUGUAGAAAUGAGAGCUCACGCGCAGCCGCCAAGACCAGGGAACGAUCGGAGUCGAUGAGAAGAUAUAUGCAGACCCAGAUCUCGGAGCUCGAAAGGCAGUUAAUCCAGAGCAGAGCGCAGUGUCGCGCUUGCCUCAAAGAGAGAGACGAUAUACGUCAGCGAAUGCAGAUACAGGUAACGAACCUGCAAGAGAACUUUGACAUGGUUGAAAUUCGGUUGCGAACUCUUCAAAAUCAGAUUGCAUCUCUGAAAUCGAGUUAUGCGGUCAUAUUGGCGAACGAAGAGGACCCUUGUGAAAUCAAUAUGGCGACCUGCACCUGCGAUUGA